AUAUAAUCGAAUCAGUCGUAAAAUUGCAAUAAAAUAGCUCGAAACGCAGUGAAGCGUGUAAUGAUUAACAAAACAUUUUGAUUGGUCAAAAAGUUUAUAGUCACAUGACAGAUAUCAUAGACAAUGUUAAAAUAUUUGUGUCUCAUAGCAUUGCUACCAAUCUCAACAUGGGAAUACAAGAUCAAAGUGGAAGGCAAACUGGACAUUGGGAAUCAAAUAUCAGCGUUCCUUAAAGAAAUUCGGGCGCGGGUGAUCGAACAGAAGAUGAGGGCGAUGGGACAUGGACAGGGGCAGGGGGAGGAGGGUGAGUCAUACCACGGAGACAAGAAAAAAGGUCGAUCGCGGGAUGGUGACACAGGUAACGAAGAAAUGCCGUCCAUCGCCGAAAUGAGCAAUAAGGGAGAGGAAGACAUGACUCUACUCGACGAAAUGAUCAAGAAAGGAGAGAAGAGGAUGCACUUAUACGGAAGUCAUAAGUCGGUAGAGGAGAAAGAUAGGAACAAUGUCAACGUUUAAAACCUGUAAGGCCCACUUGCAUGUUUACGGGGUAAAUAGCUGGGAGGAUUCCCUAUUCGAUCGAACAUCACCGUGGAUCAAUUUUCUAGACGUAAACUUGAUAAUCGAACGUAAUAAAAUUGAAUCCAGAUCGAUGUUCGAUCGAAUAGGUUUCUUCUAGAGUUGCCUCCCGCAAUAUAACCCUAGCUUUUAAGGUCAAUAUGAAUUGUGUGCGCAUGCGCGAUUGCUAAGGUUACUAAUCUGUCGGUUAUUAGUACCCGGGGAUCAAAAUCGGAAACUUGCAAAAGUCAAUUUGAAAGGUCCUUUUAGUUAACAGUAGCGACGCCGGGAAAGACAAGUUUGUUCCGAAAUAUACAAGUGGACCUAAAAGUAAACACGUGUUAGAGCCGGUUUCACCACUUGCUGAUAAGUUAUCCGAUAGCCUAUAUCUAUCAAAAAUAUAGAGUUAAAAUUGUGUUUCACAAGUGUUGGAUAGGGUUAACUGGCUAAUAAGUUCAGGCAGAUUUAUCUAGCAGUUACUUUAUCUGUCAGAUUACAAAUGUUAUUUUAUCAGAAAGUGGUAACAGACACUUAGGUUUUAAGUUGUAAUGUUUAACUAAAAUGUAUGUUUUAAAAGGUAUCUUAAAGAAAUUAUAUUUAAAAUAUUUUUUAACGUG